GAACUUCAUCAGGUCGUGACUGUAACUACACACACACGUGAACUUCUGAGAUGAGACUCUGAGCGACGAGGGACCUCCACAUGAGGUGAAGGUCUGGCUGAGGGACAGACAUCUCACUCUCAACAAACACAGCAGAACAUCUGAGCGAGACCCAGUCGAGUGUCAGCAAGACAAUGUGCAGGACCACAGGCUGUGACCGUGUCCAGUGUCCUGCAGCCUGAGCAGCCUGUAGCUUCUGCAGCAGCAUCCAUGAAACACAAAGGAUUGUAUUUCCUCCUGAACAGCACAUGAUCUGAACGUGUGUGUUGGCUCCAGAGCAGCCAGUCGAGUUACAGCCUUUUAAAACUCAGCAGCUCAACAGCUGCGACUAUGUCUGAGGAAACAGUCUGAGUCUGAAACAGCCAGAGAAAGAAAAGUAGAGUUUCUCUCCCACUGAAGAAGCAGGAGUGGUUUCAUCAGAAGUGGUGAAUCUGUUCAGGCUGCAGCCUCCACUGGAUCUUCAUCAUCGUUCUCCUCCUCAUCCUCCUCCUCAUCGUCAUCCUGUAACUUCAGCUGCUGCAGCUCGUCCACGACCUGCACCCGACUCAGUCACUGUCAUGGCGUCAGCAGCUCUGGAGCUGAUGGGUUUCUUCCUGGGCCUGGUGGGCUUACUGGGUACCCUGGUCGCCACGGUGCUUCCCUACUGGCAGAUCUCCGCCCACAUCGGCUCCAACAUCGUCACGGCCGUGGCCAACAUGAGGGGCCUGUGGAUGGAGUGCGUGUAUCAGAGCACCGGGGCCUUCCAGUGCGAGACCUACAACUCCAUGCUGGCCCUGCCCUCCGACCUGCAGGCCUCCCGCGCCCUCAUGGUCAUCUCCAUCGUCCUGUCCGUCCUCGCCAUAGCCCUGGCGUCCCUGGGGAUGCAGUGCACUCUGUGCCUGGAGGGUUCCCCGGUGAAGAGUCGCGUGGCCGGUGCCGGCGGCUGCUUGUUCCUCACCGCGGGCUUCCUGGCGCUCAUACCGGUGUCGUGGACCACGCACGAGGUGGUCCAGACCUUCUACAGACCCAACGUACCCUCCAGCAUGAAGUUUGAGCUGGGAGAGUGUUUGUACACUGGUCUGGCCUCAGCGCUCAUCUCCAUGCUGGGGGGGGCGAUGCUGUGUGUGUCUUGCUGCGAGGUGCAGGACAGUGGUCGUGGGAGACGAAACGCUGGAGGCUAUCCAUAUCCUGUAGGAGGCGCCAUGUCCGGCAGCGGGGUACGGACAACCUCACAGCUCUACCGCAACCCCACACAGCAGGGGGGGGGUCUGAACCUGCCCAGCAGGGGGCAGACGCUGGUACGCAACACCAGCGACAGCACCCACUCCAGUGCACAAGUCCAGGGCGCCAAGAAGCCCACGGCGGCAGGAUAUGACAUCACAGGAUACGUCUGAUGUCACGGCCACUCCCUCACACUUUGAACUGACAACUUACAUCCACUGUUAUGUAUUUAUACAAAGUAUUUCAUCAAAUGUUGUCAUCACCAGACGUUGCCGCUUCGUCUUCUCUAAUUUGUUGGUGGAUCUUUUUAUUCUCUUGAGCUUUUUGGAACAUUUGUCAAGUAAAGAGAAGUUGUAACUUUUCAGAGGAAGAACAGAAGAGAUGAUGAACAACAACAACAACAACAACAACACAACAGGGACUGUUUAUUAUCUCCCUGCAGCUUCUCUCAAGACUCAACUCUUAUUUUGAAAUUGUGCAGGAUGUCACAUUAUUGUAUUACAUGGUUAAAAACUAAAUUGUUCAGUCGAAACGUCAUAAAUCUGUUUCUCAUUUGACAAAUAUAAAUAUAAAAGUAAAAAACUGUCAGAUUUUUGUUAUCAUUUAAUCAUUUAGACUCUGAAAUCCUGACAUGAAGUGAAAGGAACUCAAAUGUACUUUUUUCUGUCAAUAUUCUGCAAACCAACCUUCACUGGAGAAGCUGCAGCCGACCCCUGACCUUUGUGAUGUGAACCCAGUGAAACUCUUCUCACACUGAAGCUUCAUCGAUCGUCAGUUUGCUCACGUGAAGUUUAACCAUUUGAAUUUAACUGAGCGUGAGUCAGAGACUGUUCAUCGUCACUGUGCCUUAAUAUCAACAAGAUGUUAUGAUUGGAUUGUAAAGGAGUUUUAUUUUUUCACUUUUCUACUUCUCUGUGGAUCGGUAUGAACCCAGUGGAUGAAUUCACUGACUUGUUGUUGUUUCACAAUCAUGAAAAUCACAUUUUCUUCUGUAAUCUUUAUUGUUUUAUUCUUCUUUCUUCAUAUCGUUCUAAUUGUGUGUCUUUUUUUUGUGGUUGCACAUCUCUGAUGAUUGUCCGGAUGUUUUUACAUUUCCAUGUUUCAGCUGAUUUGAGCAAACCAUCAAUAUUGUUUUUGUUGUUAUUUUAUAUUGUGGAAAUAAAUGCAAAUAUUUCUUA